AAGACAAAGACACAAGAUAUACUUUACAUCCGAAAAAGUAACGGAAGAUCUUCCCUAGGCGCUGUUACGUGCCUUCAGGACAUCGAUGUCGCCAUGGCUGGCCUCAAUUCCGAGACCUGGCCCUAACCGGAUCGCCGGGCAGGAUCACAGCCUAGCGAUAUGACCAUAAUCUAUGUUCAUUAAAACGAGUGACAGGUGGUCUGGCUGUUUUACCUUGGCAGCGCCGUGUCUUUUUUCCCAUUGAUGGACUUCGAGAUGUCAAGAAAUCCUCCCUCACGAUGUUCAAGCCGGGCGAGCUAGCUCUACACAAUGAUGCCGUUCUGGAAACAGAUUCCGAUGGUGUCGGAGAUGUAUUUAAGUUGAGAGAGUGUUCUGAUGGCAUGUCUGGGUCAAACUGCCUCUAACCGCGACGAUGUUGGUCACUCGAGCAUGCGGUCUUGUCGCUAUCGCGGGCACAAUCCUCGCGCAGACGACAGUCUAUGAAGCGGAAUCUGCCACUCUGAACGGCGUUACGGUUGGAACCUCUGUCGCAGGAUUUUCAGGUACUGGAUAUGUUGAAGGUUUCGAUACAGCAACCGAUACCAUCACCUUCAACGUGUCUAGUAGUGCCUCGAAGCUCUAUGACCUUAGCAUCGUCUACAACGGGCCGUACGGAGACAAGUAUACAACAGUGGUUCUCAAUAAUGUUGGCGGUUCACAGGUCUCUCUGCCAGCUACUACGAACUGGACCACCGUCUCAGCAGGCCAAGUUUUGCUCAACGCAGGGUCGAACAGUAUCCAGAUUCAGAAUAACUGGGGUUGGUACCUCAUCGACUCGAUCAAACUAGCGCCGUCGGCCAAGCGUGGCGCCCACAAGGUCACGACUACUCCUAUCAACAAAAAUGCCAAUAGUGAUGCGAAGGCAUUACUCAAAUAUCUCGGUAGCAUCUAUGGCAAGAAAAUCCUGUCUGGACAACAUGACCAGGCUUCUCUGGAUUGGGUGACGAACAAUGUUGGUAAGACUCCUGCCAUCGGCGGUUACGACUUCAUGGAUUACACCGAAAGCCGAAAAGCCCACGGCGCUGUAUCGACGGACGUCGACAAGGCGAUUGCUUUCGCCAAGAAAGGAGGGAUCGUCACCUUCCAAUGGCAUUGGGGAGCACCUACAGGGCUGUACGAUACCGCCGACCACCCCUGGUACAGUGGCUUCUAUACUGAUGCUACCGAUUUCAAUAUCGAGACCGCGCUCAAGGAUACCACGAACGCUAACUACACCUUGCUCAUCAAGGACAUAGACACCAUUGCUAUAGAAUUAAAAAAGCUCCAAGCUGCUGCGGUCCCGAUCAUCUUUCGACCAUUGCACGAGGCUGAGGGCGCGUGGUUCUGGUGGGGAGCAAAGGGGCCAGAACCGGCAAAGAAGCUAUGGAACAUUCUGUACGAUCGGCUGACAAAGUAUCACAAGUUAAAUAACCUGAUAUGGGAGUGGAACUCUGUUGCUGCGGCAUGGUAUCCCGGGAACGAUAAGGUCGAUCUUGUCAGCGCAGAUACCUACAACCAAGGGGAUCAUGGGCCUAUCUCCGCCACUUAUAACAGCCUCCUCGCCCUAACAAAUGACACUAAGAUCAUUGCUGCCGCCGAGAUCGGAUCAGUAAUGGAACCUGAUCAGCUACAGGCUUACCAGGCAGACUGGGUUUACUUUGCAGUUUGGAGCGGUGACUACAUAUCUGGCGGGUCUUGGAACAGUCUGGAUCUGCUCAAACGGAUCUACGCCAGCGACUAUGUGCUGACCCUGGAUGAAAUACAGGGUUGGAAGAAGACAACUAAUCCAAGGGCCUGGGAAGCUUGAGCUAUCCUGCAGUAAGCCUUGAGUGCUACAGGAUCUCUUGCUCUGCAAUAAAGGAACAUCAAUCAGUCAUGUUGCAUGAAGCAAAACAUUCC